CGAUGAUGCAUUGGUCUCCCAUGCGAACAAAAUCCGGCUUAAUUAUUCAUAUCAUUUCAUCACGCAAGCAUCGGACAUAACGGCCCUAUUAGUGUCUGUGGCUGUCCAUCUUGUUCCAUACUCUUGUAUAAUGUACUCGUGGUUUCCUCCGGCUAGCCCGAACGCUACUUGAUCCGAUCCCAUAUAUUAAGAUCUCGCCACCCGUCCCUGACACUCUAUUGCACUAUGCUGGCAUUAGAUCUGAGACGUCAACAUCACCACACUCGUGCCUUCGAUCAUCACCCGUCUCCAGCACUACUACAACCACACAUCUUCUCCACUCUUGACGCUCUGCUCUAUUCGCAGAGCUCGCCGUCGCCCUCGAUCAUCAACAGCGACAACAACGGUACCGCCAGCGGCGAAACAAACAAGCCAGGCUACCUCGACGCGCAAUCAUUGAUUGACUCAUCGUCGCAAAGUCAAGCCGCGAAUCCUAGUCCGCACAUGACGGGUCACUUCUAUCAAAACCCUGCCAUAAGGGUACAGCAGUCGUCGCCUGCUCCAGGCCCACAGUUGCCACAGUCCCUUAGCAAUCCUUCUCCGUACGAUAAUUGGAGCAAUACCCCCAUGAUGGCGAACCGCUCUCUUCAGGCAGCCGCCUUUCAGCGAAACAGGUCGGCGCAUCAACGCGCGCAGUCAUCGUCGUCCAUGGGCUCAAAUGCGACGGGGUCGCCGUACUCGCAAGGUCAUCCGUCGUAUGGUUAUAGCCUCAACGACACCGCAGCGGCAUGCAAAAAUGAUCACACGUUCAGCAGUGCCCCGGACCAGUCGUGCGCCAGCCCGUUCUCGAACCAUCUACCGACACCUUCGCAGACACCUACGCAAGAAUCUUUCUUGAGUACGAGUUAUCCCACCUCCUCUUAUCCUCAUGGUGGAGACAUGAACGGUGCCAUGUCUGCUCAUCUAACAGUAAACAACAACAUCGACCAUCACUCCAACGCCGACGAAGACAUUCCGGGCAUGUCCCAUUCCGGCAGGCAGUCGGUGUCUAGUCUGGGCCAAGACCCGUCGACUCCUCGCACCAUUCCAGAGAACUAUGAUGAUGGAUUCAAAAUUCCUUCCCAUGGUGAGAACUCUCCUACAUUGUCCUCGAUCGGCAUCGACGCAUGGCUGGAUGAAAACUUACAAUUUGACGACGCGGCAGACCAGCAGAUGAGAUUUCCAAAGCUUGACAGGACUGUCUCUGAUGCCUACAGCGAUGCGCUGUUCAGCGGUGCCAACAUCGCCCCAUCCUCCGCCACCUCUGCACCCAAAUCUACCCAGCUCCUAUCACCUCACCGCAACAUCAUCAACGAAUACCUGCAGGCGGCCCAGAUAGCACGGUCGCAGUCGCCGGCCAGCACGGCAUCAAGAGGUGUUUCGCCGUUCAGGGCAGGCUCGCCUUUCGUUCAAGGUGUUUACAGCCAGAUGCAAAGACCAUAUACCGCUGCGUCAGUACGGCAGGCUCAGCAAGCACGCGCGUCGCAAAUGGAGAUGUCGCAGCACAUGUCGCAGCGAAGCAACGACACACCCAAGACCAUCUCGCCUAAGGAUGCAGUUUUGGAUUACAGCGAAACGGAGGCAGACUCGAAAAUGCCACCGUUUUCCGAGAGCGAGGCGUCACAGUUCGAUCAGCAGUUUGGGGGUGGUCAACAAAAUUUCUCGGCGCAGAUCCAGAACAUCUCUCGACUCAACCCCAGUUCGACGAGCGCCUGGACCAAUGAUGUGCGGCAGAGACCAGACGAAGUUUCGAGCACCGACUCCGCAUCGUUCAACUUCACGGUUCCAACGAUGACUGGAUACGCCCAGUCACUUCCGUUCUCUUCGCAGGCUUACCGCGCAGAGACUUCGACAAAGCAGGAAGAGACGCCGGAGUUCCCCGCUCACCUCACAUCGAUGGACUCAAGCGCAAGCGAGGCCCCCGCCUCGAGUACCAACAGCAACUACACUGAAACCACGAAACCUGUUCCCUCCACGGCGGAUAGCGGCACGUACACCUGCACAUUCCACGGCUGCAACCUCCGCUUCGAGACGCCCCAGAAGUUGCAGAAGCACAAGCGCGAGGGUCAUCGGAACACGGCAUCUGCCUCUAACGUAACUCCGGGAAUCGGAAGCGGGAUGACGUCAGCGCAACUGGCCGCGCGCAACUCGCAGUCGGGUCCACACAAGUGCGAGCGCAUCAAUCCAACGACUGGCAAGCCAUGUAAUACCAUCUUCUCUCGGCCGUACGAUUUGACACGGCACGAAGACACAAUUCAUAAUGCGCGCAAGCAAAAAGUUCGCUGCGCGCUCUGCGUAGAGGACAAGACAUUCUCACGCAACGAUGCGCUGACGAGACACAUGCGCGUGGUACAUCCAGAGGUGGACUUUCCAGGCAAGCAUCGCAGACGAGGCGCUCACGAUUGAAACGAAUUGAUUGGCCUUUUGGACCACAUCAAAGCCCUCUCUUCGACCGGCCAGAAUGGCCACGACAUCCAUGGCAGCGGCGUUCUCUUUCGACUUUGGUCGUGAUUAGUACUCUUUGUCGUCACGAUGAUCCGAUUUGGACCGCCGGACGUGUUCCCUGCAUCUUGAGCGUUCUAGAUCCCUUUGGCAUCUUUCAAGCCCAUUCCGGCAACGACUUGGCCUGUUACUUUCUCAGCUUGUACUCUUGAUGGCCAUUCUCUCUGCUUGUGCGACCUCUUGAUUUUGUUUGGGUUGGACGGACAUGUUACGAGCAUUUACGAAUUUUGGAUCACGAGUCUUGACGGUCCUUACCUUUAUGUGUAUACCCCCCCCCCCUAUUUCACUUCGAAUUGUCCAGAAAACGUUUCCCUUUUUCUUUUUCUUCUUUGUCUUUAUUGUACGCAGAGGUUACAAAACACGGUUUCAUGACGUGGGCUGAAAUUGGUAUAGACGGCACAACCAGGGUGUGAUAUAUUUUUUGGGGGGUCGGAUGUCACCCUGUAUUAUUAUUAUCAUCGACUCGUCUCCAUCGGUUCUAUGUUCCGUAUUGGUGCGUGUUGUGUAUAUGAUUGCGAAGGCACACGGGCUGAAAAAGACGUGGGCUUUUAAUGUACAAUUUUUUUGCGGAUAUUCCAUCAAAAAGGUCAAUCUUCUCUGUAUAAUUGACUAUAGUGUUCUUCCAGAAGAGAAUGCGCAAAGGAUCAAGCCC